AUGGGCUUAGCCAUCUGGUGCCACCCCGUAGCUGCCCCAGCACAGCUCCGCAGCUGGCACAUGCGCUGCCGGGCGAGGGCAGCCCCGCUGGACCCCGACCUGUGGGGUUGUGGACAGAGGACCCUGAGGGAGGUUUGUCCUCAUCGGCGGGUGCGUGAGGAGCCACACGGCCGCAGCAACUCCAUCCCCCCGGCGCAGACCCCCACCGCCAAGCACGUGCUGGCUUACCUGCCCCAGCCACCCACCAACACCAGCCGGUACGGCACCUUCCCCCAGAAGCCCGAACUCCCGGCCGCCCCCAGGGCUCUGGCAGAGGACGGCCGGCAGCAAGCCAGUGCUGUUGCUGCCAAGCAAAGCACCCUGGUGCCAAACUACCCAUCCCCACCCCGCCGCGGCAGCAUCGUCCCCAGCAAGCCGUCCCCACCACCGAGCUGCGGCAGCAUGGCCGCCCAGCACCAUCCUGGCAAUCCAUCCCGGUGCCUGCCAGCCGCCCCACGGGAGGCGGGCGCCCGCUGGUACCCGCUGCACUCGCUGAGCAUGCCCAACAUCCCUGUCUCAGCAGGUGGCAAGACCCCCACCCCGGAGGGGCUGCAGGGCCGGUGCCGCAAGCUGCUGGAGGAGGAUGGCCCCGUGGUCCAGGCCAGCAAGCGGCAGUGCUACGUGACGAAGGUGGGCAAGUGCCAGGUGAACCUGGGCAACAUCCAGGAGAAGAAGAGGUUCCUCUCAGACAUCUUCACCACCAUCGUGGACCUCAAGUACCGCUGGUUCAUCUUCAUGAUGUGCUGCAUCGUCACCUGGGUGGUCUUCGGCACCGUCUACUUCUUCAACGCCUGGGCGGGGUGUGACAUCAGGCACCGGGGCGAUCCCGAGUGGCGGGCGUGCAUCAAGAACGUGGACAGCUUCGUCUCCGCCUUGCUUUUCUCAGUGGAAAGCCAGCAGACCAUCGGCUACGGCUCCCAGAUGGUGACGGCCAACUGCACCAAGGGCAUCAUCCUGCUGAUGGCACGGUCCAUCGUCGGCUCCAUGAUCGACGCCCUGAUGGUGGGCUGCAUGUUCGUCAAGAUCUCCCGGCCCAAGAAGUGUGCCCAGACCCUCAUCUUCAGCAAGAACUGUGUCAUCUCCCGCCGGGAUGAAAAGCUCUGCCUGAUGUUUCGCAUGGGGGACCUGCAGGACAGCCACAUGGUGGACGCCAAGAUCCGGGCCAAGCUGAUCAAGUCCCGGCAGACAGCCAAGGGGGAGUUCAUCCCCCUGGAGCAGUCGGAGCUGAACCUGGGCUACGACACGGGGGAGGACCACCUGUUCCUGGUGGAGCCCCAGAUCAUCUGCCACAUCAUCAACCACCGCAGCCCCUUCUGGGACAUGUCGGCCGACUCGCUGCACUGGGAGCAGUUCAAAAUCAUCAUCAUCCUCGAGGGCAUCGUGGAAGCCACAGGAAUGACGUGCCAAGCCCACACCUCGUACGCUGCAGACGAGACCCUCUGGGGGUACCGCUUCGAGCCCUGCAUGUCGCUGGAGAAAGGCGCCUUCCGGGUGGACUACAGCCGCUUCGAGAUGACCUUCGAGGUGCAGACCCUGGCGGCCAGCACCAAAGAGCUGCAUGAGCUGAAGCACUCCAUGUUCAGCCUCUACCGGGACCACCUCCUGCAGCCCUGCGCCCUGCCAGGGCCCGGCAAGGAUGCUCUCACCGGGCUGAGCGUCCCCGGCAGCGUGGCCCAGGGCAGCCAGGACGAGCCACCGGAGCCGGGAGCUGCCGCCGGAGCCGCGGCGCGCGUGCACACCCCCCCGGCAGUGCUGCGCUUUGUGUCCGUCGCCUGA